AGCAGCAGCAAGAAAAAAUUAAAAGAUGGAGUGUUCGGUCGUCGCUGAAUGUUUAGUUUAGAAAUAAAAUGUUUGUGUGAAUUUUGCGAAAACGGUGUCCGUUUCGGGUGAUCCAGUGCAACAGUCGACUAUUCGAACUACGACCCCGUUAUAGUGUUAAAACGAAGGUGAUCAUAAUAAAAUCUGAAUAAAAGCAUGCUAGUAAGACAGCUACCAAUAUAUGUUAUCCAAAAGAAUUAAGUGUUAUCAGUGCAAGACGAUUAAGGUGGAAUGUUAAUCAAGACAGCCGCUCGGAGGAACCCUCCAUUGUUCCGUUCGGUUGCUAGUCGUCGUCGUCGGAUGUGUUUGUGUUUGCUGCCCUCUAUUGCUGCUGUUGCUGCUCAUCAUUUGCACUAACGACGACGGCUGAGACGAAGGGUUUUGCUUCCGAUCAGCCCAGAGUGCAACGGAAAUCAAAAGCAACAAAAAAAACUAGAAGCCUAAUCUGCCGACUAUAAUAUGUACGGUAACAGCAUCACGGAUGCGACAGAUUACGAUUUCGAGAAAGCAGAAAAUGCAGCCAAAUGGAAAGGUGUUUUCAUAACAUCCCUAAGAAAGGUUCUAGAGCAAGUGCAUCCCUCGUUGCAAGCCCGCGAGGAUGCACUGCUCUACGUGGAAAGCUUAUGUCUAAGGUUAUUAGCGAUGCUGUGUGCGAAACCACCUCCGAAAACAGUAUUGGACGUCGAUGAACGAAUAAGGCGCACCUUUCCUACUCCUAUUGACAAAUGGGCUCUCGAUGAGGCGAGUCAGACCAUAGACAAAUCUAAGAAAAAGAAAACAGUGUUUCCGGCAGAUCGUGUGCAUACAUUACUGCAAAAAGAGGUGCUACAGUAUAAAAUCGACAGUUCGGUUUCAUUGUUCCUGGUUGCGGUGUUGGAGUAUGUUUCCGCUGACAUACUGAAGUUAGCUGGAAACUAUGUCAAGAACAUACGACACAUCGAGAUAUCCAGCGAGGACAUCCGGGUUGCCAUGUGCGCUGACAAGGUGCUCAUGGAUAUGUUCUAUCAGAGCGACAAUUCGGGUUCAAUGGCACCGAGUCCGUCACCGCCCACGCCUCGUAGGAGUCUUACGUAUGAAGAAGUGGUGAAAGAGCUCAUACACGAUGAAAAACAGUACCAGCGAGAUUUACACAUGAUAAUCCGUGUGUUUCGCGAAGAACUCGUCAAAAUAGUAAAAGAUCCAAAGGAACUUGAUUCCAUUUUCUCCAACAUCAUGGAUAUCUACGAAGUGUCAGUAACUUUGCUCGGAUCGUUGGAAGAUGUGAUUGAAAUGUCACAGGAACAGACUUCGCCUUGCAUCGGCAAUUGCUUCGAAGAACUAGCGGAAGCGGCUGAGUUUGAUGUGUACGCAAAAUAUGCAACAGAUAUUACAUCAGUCCAGGCGAAGGAAGCCUUAGCUAAUCUACUGGCUAGACCCGAGGCAAACUCGUUGAUGUCAGCUGGUCACGGUUUCAGGGAAGCGGUCAAAUUCUACCUACCAAAAUUACUUUUAGGGCCUAUCGGGCAUGCACAGUUAUAUUUAGAUUAUAUUAAAAUUUUACUACAGCUUAGCCCAUCACAGGAGGACAAGGAGAGCUUCGAACAGGUCCAAGGCCUGCUAAAACCCCUACAGUGUGAACUGCAAAGCAUAUCCUCGCUGCUACCUAAGGAAUAUUUCGCAAGAGUGAAUAGUAGGGCCCGCCGUCAGUCGGCUAUCGAGAAAACACGAGACCUACAGAAUAGUGUAGAACACUGGGACAAAGACGUGGGCCAAUGUUGCAACGAGUUCAUUAGGGAGGAUACGCUAGCAAAACUUAGUUCCGGCAAGCGUCAAACCGAACGAAAAGUAUUUCUAUUCGAUGGCCUGCUGGUACUGUGCAAAACCAGAAGACAAAUUGUUCCUGGCAAUACCUAUGACUAUCGGUUGAAGGAGCGCUUUUUCAUGCGCAAAGUGGAGAUCAUUGAUCGGCCAGAUACCGAGGAGUUAAAAUUUGCAUUCGAAAUAUCACCGCGUGAGCCUAGUAGCGUUGUACUUAUCGCAAAGAAUGCACAGCAUAAAAACGACUGGAUGGCAGAUCUUGUAAUGCUAAAUACGAAAUCUAUGCUGGAGCGCAUUCUAGACAGUAUUCUACUAGACAUCGAAAAGAAACACCCACUAAAAUUACCUAGUCCAGAUAUUUACGCAUUUGCCGUUCCGGAUUCGCCUUCGAAUAUAGUGUUAGAGGAAAGGGAAGGUACAGGUGUGCCCCUAAUUAAGGGCGCUACCUUGACGAAAUUGAUAGAACGGUUGACGUACCACAUUUAUGCCGAUCCCAUGUUCGUGCGAACUUUCUUGACAACGUAUCGAUCAUUUUGUUCACCAAAGGAAUUGCUUAAAUUAUUGGUUAAACGCUUUGAUAUCCCGGAUCCAGGCUUGGUGUACGAUAGUACAAACGAUAAGGAUAUCGGAUCGGAUACGGAAAAGUUUCAUAAGAAUUCACAGCGAGAGGAUUGGAAGCGGUACAAAAAGGAGUACGUACAACCGGUUCAGUUUCGAGUAUUGAAUGUUUUGCGGCACUGGGUGGAUCACCACUUUUACGACUUCGAACGAGAUUUUGAGCUUUUGGAAUAUCUGCUAAGGUUUCUCGAAACCGUACGUGGAAAAUCGAUGCGCAAAUGGGUCGAUUCGGUGUUGAAAAUCGUAAAAAGAAAGAAUGAAAGUGAGGACAAUCAUCGGCAGAUUUCGUAUGCCUAUGGUCACAGUCCACCGGCGAUAGAACAUCACUUGCCGUUGAACAAUGAGAAUGAAUCAAACCUACUGAUGCUGCAUCCGUUGGAGCUGGCCCGCCAGUUGACGCUGCUGGAAUUUGAGAUGUACAAAAAUGUGAAACCCUCAGAACUGGUCGGUUCGGUGUGGACCGGAAAAGAUAAAGAAAUUACUAGUCCUAAUUUAUUAAAGAUUAUGCACCACACCACAAAUUUUACUCGUUGGAUCGAAAAAUCGAUCAUCGAGGCAGAAAAUUUCGAGGAGCGUGUGGCGAUGGCAUCACGUGCAAUAGAGGUGAUGAUGGUGCUGCAGGAUUUAAACAACUUCAACGGUGUGCUGUCGAUCGUGUCCGCCUUUCAAGGGGCCGCCGUGCACCGGCUUAAGCUUACUUUGGAGGAAAUUCCGAAGAGCUACCAGCGGGUGUUGGCCGACUGCCGGGAGCUGAACAAUUCGCACUUCAAAAAGUAUCAGGAAAAGCUGCGUUCAAUAAAUCCACCUUGUGUGCCAUUUUUUGGAAUGUAUUUAACCAAUAUUUUACAUAUAGAGGAAGGGAAUCCAGAUUUUUUACCAAAUACGGAAUUAAUAAACUUCUCUAAGAGAAGACGCGUAGCUGAAAUUACUGGUGAAAUACAGCAAUAUCAAAAUCAACCAUACUGCUUAAAAACAGAUCCUAGCAUUAGGCAUUUUCUAGAAAAUUUAGAUCCUUUUAAAGGAAUGAGUGUAACGGAGAUUCAAAACUAUCUUUACGAAGAAAGCAAACGGAUAGAGCCAAAAAAUUGUCGCCAAGCGCUAAAAUUUCCCCGCAAAUGGCCAGAUAUUUCACUGAAAUCACCUGGUAUUAAGCCAUCGUCGAGACGAAAUAUGGGCUCGAUCAAUUCGUCGUCGAUGACGUUGUCGUUCGGUAAAUCUACGCAGCAGAACAAUAACGACACUGGAGCCGAUCAGCAGUCACCUCCAGCAAACUCAUCGUCGUCUUCCGUACUCGAUUCAGCGAUAUUCGUUCCCGUCUAUUUGAAUUCUUCAUCGUCGUAUCUAUCACAGCACCCUCAUCACCCCUAUCAACAGCAUCAUCAAUAUCCGCAUCACAAUCACUCGCAAGGAUCGAUGCAAUAUUACCACCAAGGGCACCAGCACAGCUUUUCCCAAUCUGUAGUUAAUCUAGCGUCCACAACCGACCAGCAAAUGGCACCGGAGAUACCACGACGGUCUGAUAGUAUUAUACUGCCUUCUUCGCUAUCAUCCCACACGCAGUACAACCUAAAUAAUAGCAGUUUGUCCGAAUCGAGCAGCAAACCCAGUGGAAGUGGUAGUGGUAAGCUGAUUCCGAGCCCACGCUAUCCGUAUUCUUCAAUGGGUGCCCUUUCAUCGUCGUCUGGUGUCAGCAGUUCCACAUUUUCCAGUACUCUGAGCGCUUUGAGCAGUGAUGGUAACGCCAACAAUAAUCAUUCUACAGCUAGCUUUAAAUACAUGCCAAUGCUUAGUCAAAACAAAGUACUAGCCAAUACGCAUGCUGAAGAGCAUCCCAAUUCAAUUAUUUCAGCGUCCAGUCUAGGCGUUGGCGGUGCUGCGGGAAACAGUAGCUUUAGCCUAAGCAGUUCGGCUACAACCAAUGCGGCAAGCAUUUUAUCCCUCAGUGAUGGACCUCCGGUACCUCCGCCACCAUUGCCACCACAGUCAUCAGUUCCAAUUAUUUCAUCACUCUCUUCGAUGUCUUCAACGUCCGCCAGCUCAUUAUCGACACUGACAGCUGCUUAUGCGCCGGCUCCCCCGCCCUCGUCGGCAGCUGACAUUCCUCCUGCGAUUAGUCCACGAACAGAUAAAUUGGCACAGCCUCCACCAGCGCCUUUGCGAACCCAGGGAGGUGGAACUGACUUUUGCUACAAUUUUCCCGGACUACCGAACUGUACAUCACCACAUGCAACUAAUAGUAGUAGCAGUAGCUUUAGAAAUAAUUCAUCCAACCCUCUAAGAAACCAAAACUGUGAUUUUCCCCCCGCAAACACUGCUCUACAUAGAUCUUCCUGCGAAAACUCGCCCAUCUACCCGUCGAGUCCAAAGUUGUAUCCGAUAGGAGCAGUUGGAGGUGCAGGAUCCACUGUAACGGAUUUUAACAGCACUGCAAUGUCAUCGCCCUCGCUGUCCGCUUCAUUCAACUCGUCGACUACGGCCGAUUCGAUGAUCCUGAGCACUACAGCGGCAAGCAGCGAUUUCGGUCCGAUACCGAUUUCGCCGCACGUAAACGUACCAAAUGCACACAAUAUUCCUCCCCCGAUGCCACCUCCUCUACCUCCUAGGGUUAAACGAAAAGAUUCCUCCGGGGAGUCAUUGCAGUCAUCGCAGGUACGACAAGCGCCGGAUGCGCCCAGGCUUCCCCCGAGAGAUAUCAGUCCCCCACCGUUACCGCCGCGUCAUUACACCCAGUCACAAGGCAUGCAUCUACCACACCAGAAGGAACAACCUCUGUACGGUUACGGUACCAUAGCCUGUGAUAACUUUAAAUCCAGCUGUUUGUUUUCGAAGGAUGAUUCCCCGUCUUCGUCGUCAUCGUCGUCCACGCUAACCCGAGACAACUUAAAUCAGCAUAACCAGCAGAAUGUAAGUGAACAACGGUUACUGAUGCUACCGCACACCAGCACCAUUAUGAUGCGUCGAAAUUCAGCCAUGGACCGAUCAUCGAAGGAAACUGUGACCAACAUAGCGCCGUCACCGUCCCUUUCCGGACUAUCGUGCAGUGGUGCUGCUGGUGGGGGUGGGGGUAGUGCACCCAAUACCGCGGGACAUGUGAAUCUUUCCCCAGCCUCUGGUGGUGGUGCGGCAGCUAAGAACAAAUCUAUGCAGAACUCUCCCAUCUCGCAGCAACCAUUGGUUUGUGCACGUCGACCCAGUUCGAAUAUUUCGCCACGUUUUUCACCCGGAGAAACUACACCUAAAUUACCUCCGAAACCAAAGCAAACAGAUCGAACAAUGUUCCCUUACCCCAGCACGAACUGACCAAGCGGGAAUGGUUGCGGGCGACACUUUUUACGAUAAACGACAUAGUUAAUCGCGAAAGAGCUACGCUGAACAAGUUUCACGGAAAGAACGAUCAUCUAUUGUGACAUAGCGAUAACGUACCGAGUGUUUCGACCAUGUUUAGCAAUUUUAUCGAUUUAUGAUUAUGUUUUAUCGGAUCUCCGAUGCACGGUUGCAAUUUGGUUAUUGCUUUUGCAAAUACUUCUUAUAUUUUUUACACGCAUUAUUUUAUGUGCUCCUCUCAUACAAAAACAGCGUAUGUAUAGUAAGUCGCCAGAACGAAGGCAAGUAUACAAAACGAAAAGUGCCAUAAUUAGCGGUUAGGAACGGAAAAAUUCUCUCAGCAAACAACAAAACUUGUAUAGAACCCGUAUUACCAUUCUGAAUAAUAAGAAUCUGAUUUUCUCGCAACUGAUGAGGCCAUCCUUAUAACAAACAUAGCAUACAAGCAGUGUCGUGUUCCUAUAUUUGCAUAAAAUACUACCAUAUUGAUAAGACGAAAUGUACGUUGAAAAGAACGAAACAUUGACCAAUAAUAGGAAAUGGUGAAAAACGAAGUUUCCGUUGUUAGAAACAACCAAAGGACCGGGAGGCAAAGUGGUUAACCUGAUGAAGCAGCGCCAUCAGUUCUGUUGUGUAUCUCAAUUGGAGGUCAGAUAGAAUGAAAUUUAAAAGAAACAUUUUUACUAUUUUGGCUUUUUGCUAAAUAAUUUUGCUGCUAUGAAAGAAAUCGAACAUGGUAGAGAGUUUUGUAUUAAUCAUAAUCAUGCAUAGAAGAUAAAUGUUUUUUUUUUAUCUCAUACAAAAGUGUGUAAUGUUUUUAAAGCAUGUGAUAUCAGAACAAGUUGUUAAAAUUUAAGAAGUUUCGGAUUUAUUAAGCUAAAACAAUGUUUUUCAGUAAUUACGUGCCUGGCACACUUUGGAUUUGUACCAGUUUAUGAUGCAAUAUAAGAUUUUUAAGGCAUUUAAAAUGAUGAAAAACCAUUUAAUGAAGCAUGGAUUAUUACGAACAUAUUCGCUCUUAAUUGUGAUUUAUUUUAUAUGUGCUUUCUUCUGAAGCUUGUUUCGGUUUAAUCGCAUGGAAAGUUAUUCUACCUAUAUACUUAUUAAAAACAGUUUCUGGGAAAGAUGAAUGUUAUUCCUACCGAGAGGUGGUGCCUCCUUACGGACUUGGGAAAGUCACUUUGCUUCUGCGUGUCUCGGAUGAUCGUUUCUUCCUGAAGAACAUGCGAUGAACUGCGAUCCGCAACCACAGACAGACAUAUAGGAUAUGCAUUAAACAGCUGAAUAUUAAUAAAAUAAUAACUAAACUUCUACACGCUGGUGUUGCACGGUACACAGAACAUGUGAACUUUUGGUAGAGAAACAUAAACAUACACAACUUGUUGUAAGUGAGAGCGCAUUGAGAAACGGUUACGCAAUCGAGCAUGAUGUUGCCUGGAAGGACCGUGCAUUUGUGAUAUAUUUUUCAAAAAUAAAAUGAGAGGAUUUGGAAUGAGAUAAGCAUAAAGCAAACGAUAUAAGUAUAACAAUAAAUGUUACUGUAAGUAUAUAAUACCACAAAGAAUACAUAACGAAGGCCACAAACCACAAUAUGGAAAUAUAAACACUACAAAUAAAUAAAAAAAACAGUGAUGUGAUUAACUAGCGCGAUUAACUUAAGCAGAGAUAGCAUAGAAGGAAAGCGAACAGAUGUAGGGAAAUCAGAGGAAAAUCUAUAUUACUAUUAUUACAAAAAUAAAACAACCCAGUAAUGAAAAGUGAAUGUAAUAUGUAAAUAAUAUAUAAAUAUCAAAGAAGGGGUUUGAAAAAGCACCUAUUAGUAUGAGUGCAAACGUUACGCGAGAGAGAAAUUAGCUGUUUUGAAAAAGCUGCAAAAGGAGAGAUACAGAGAGAAAAAAACGUUAGAAAAAGAAAGAACUACUAAAGCUGUGAGCGAAAAUGUAAUGUUGUUAAAACAGAUAAUAUACAAAAGAAAGUAAAUAAGCCAAGUAACUUAUCAUCGUUGUAUGAUGCAUCUAUGGUGUAUGUGCGAAAGAGAGGUAAGAAUAAUAAACGAAAAACAAAUGAAAACAUAUAUGUU